UGCUGGGAGGCUGCUUUGCCUGGACUUGGAAGGCUUCGAGAGGCAUGGACUCCUACGUGAUUCAGACGGAUGUCGACGACAGCUUGUCCUCAGUUCUGGAUGUGCAUGUCAAUAUUGGUGGGAGAAACUCGGUACAAGGAAGAAAGAAAGGCAGGAAGGCCAGAUGGGACGUGAGACCCUCUGACAUGUCCAAUAAGACCUUCAAUCCCAUCCGAGCCAUCGUGGACAACAUGAAGGUGCAGCCCAAUCCGAACAAGACCGUGAUUUCUCUGUCAAUUGGGGACCCUACUGUGUUUGGGAACCUGCCUACAGACCCUGAAGUUACCCAAGCCAUGAAAGAUGCCCUGGACUCGGGGAAGUACAAUGGCUAUGCCCCGUCCAUCGGCUACCUAUCCAGUCGGGAGGAGGUCGCUUCUUACUACCACUGUCAUGAGGCUCCUCUGGAAGCUAAGGAUGUCAUUCUGACAAGCGGCUGCAGUCAGGCCAUUGAGCUAUGUCUAGCUGUGUUGGCCAAUCCUGGACAAAACAUCCUCAUUCCAAGGCCCGGGUUUUCCCUCUAUAGGACUUUGGCUGAGUCUAUGGGAAUUGAGGUCAAGCUCUACAAUCUCCUGCCCGAGAAGUCUUGGGAAAUUGACCUAAAACAACUGGAAUCUCUGAUCGAUGAAAAAACAGCGUGUCUUGUUGUCAACAACCCAUCCAAUCCCUGUGGCUCCGUGUUCAGUAAGCGGCACCUUCAGAAGAUUUUGGCAGUGGCUGAAAGGCAGUGUGUCCCCAUCUUAGCUGACGAGAUCUAUGGUGACAUGGUGUUUUCAGAUUGCAAAUACGAACCACUGGCCAACCUCAGCACCAAUGUUCCCAUCCUGUCCUGUGGUGGGCUGGCCAAGCGCUGGCUGGUUCCUGGCUGGAGGUUGGGCUGGAUCCUCAUUCAUGAUCGAAGAGACAUUUUUGGCAAUGAGAUUCGAGACGGGCUGGUGAAACUGAGUCAGCGGAUCCUGGGACCAUGCACCAUAGUCCAGGGUGCUCUGAAGAGCAUCCUUCAGCGAACCCCUCAGGAGUUCUAUCACGACACGUUAAGCUUCCUCAAGUCCAAUGCGGACCUCUGCUAUGGGGCACUGGCUGCCAUCCCUGGACUCCAGCCGGUCCGCCCUUCUGGAGCCAUGUACCUUAUGGUGGGAAUUGAGAUGGAGCAUUUCCCGGAAUUCGAGAACGACGUGGAGUUCACAGAGCGGUUGAUUGCGGAGCAGGCUGUCCACUGUCUCCCAGCAACGUGCUUCGAGUACCCAAAUUUCUUCCGAGUGGUCAUCACAGUCCCCGAGGUGAUGAUGCUGGAGGCUUGUAGCCGGAUCCAGGAGUUCUGUGAACAGCACUACCACUGUGCUGAAGGCAGCCAGGAGGAGUGUGACAAAUAAGCCCUCACCCGUCCUCCUGAAGACAUGUCCCACGCAAGGACGGUUGGACUGGACCGCUCCUCCUCAGGGAGCCAAAUGUCUCUGAUGGGAGAGGAACCUCUAAAGCACCGCAUGAAGACUUGAAGAUCAUUUCUCCUUCCCCCAGUUUCACCCAACGCACGCCUGGAAACCCAGACCCCUCCCUACUCAGUUCUGCUGGAGCCAUGAGCUCACUGCCCCCCACCCCCCACUUCCUUAUCCUGAGGGUAUCAGACCAAUUUACCAGAAAGAAGCUGGGCCAAGAAAAGAGAGAGCUCAGGAUGAGAGAAGCAGAAGACGGAGGAUGCCUCUCCCACCCAUUUCCUCGUGCUGACAUCCUCUUCAGUCAGGUCGGAAGUCACCUCAGUUGCUGCCUCACUUCAGGCAAACCUCACUCCUCGUGGUACAGCUACACCAGAGAGAAGUCGAGGACUUGUGAAUUCAGUUAAUUGUAUUCUAAACACAUCAGGAAACUUGAUGUUUAAAGGAUCCCUGACAGAAUUUUUAUUUUUAUUUUUUGUAAAGGAUUAUUUUGCGGUGCAAAUAAAUACCAGCUUCCUAAACUGA